AUGGGUCUACUGAGUUCUAAAAACCCACAAACCAAGCAAGCCCGGAUUCUUCUUCUAGGACUUGACUCAGCUGGGAAGUCUACCCUCCUUUACAAAUUGAAGCUUGCUAAGGAUAUCACGACCAUCCCAACAAUAGGUUUCAACGUGGAGAUGAUCGAGUUGGAAAAGAGUCUUUCGCUCACGGUCUGGGAUAUUGGAGGACAGGAGAAAAUGAGAACCGUGUGGGAGCACUACUGUGAGAACACUGAUGGGCUGAUGUAUGUUGUGGAUAGUACAGACAAACAGCGGCUGGAAGACUCCAGGAGAGAGCUGAAGCACAUUUUGAAGAAUGAGCACAUUAAAAAUGUGCCUAUUGUCCUAUUAGCCAACAAACAAGAUGUGCCUGGAGCUCUGUCUGCUGAGGACAUCACUAGAAUAUUCAGAGUGAAGAAGCUGUGCAGUGACAGGAACUGGUAUGUGCAGCCCUGCUGUGCCAUCAGUGGGGACGGGCUGAUGGAGGGGUUCAGGAAACUGACCGGAUUUGUGAAAAGCCACAUGAAAUCAAGAGGAGACACCUUGGCAUUCUUCAAGCAGAACUGAGGUCCAAACAACGAAAGAGUUAGUGGUGAAGUUGAAAGGGUAAUUUUCUUUUUCAAUGCCAAGUGAGAAAAGCAAGUUGCUGAGUUAGCAAACUUUUCCUAAGAUAUGUUAUUUCACCUAAAUUCAGCUAACCAACUUAGCAAAUAUUAUUUUUGGCCAGGCACGUUAGUAAACUUUGUGGUUAAUGAUAAAUUGAGAAUGAAAAUUUUAUAAUUUUGUGCAUGUUGGAUGAAUCAUAAUAAUCAUGUUUGGGACCAAAUAAAUUAUUGUUUUAUUAUUUUUAUAUGACUACUAGAACAAAGUUUAAGUAAAAUGCUGAUAGGUUCAGAAUUCUUUCAGAUGGUUUCCAGUUGUUACAGUCUUGAAUCUCCACCAUGCUCCUAUGGAAUAGCGAGUAAAAAAAUGAACUUUAAAUUAUGGAAAGGAAAAAGUUUGAUGUUAACAUUUUGUAAAUCUCUAUGCCCUAAAUAAAGUUUUGUUUUGUUUUGUUUUCCUGAAUUCCUACCAACCUCUUGAAAUCUAUUGCCAGGAUCUUCCUACAGUGAGUUAAACAAUGAACUCCAGGCUGGUAAUUGCCCACUAGCACAGGGAGAAGUUUACAUCUUAAGGCUCUGGGGAUCAGGGAAGCUAGCACCUUAGAGUUUAGGACAAGGCCUGGGUUUAUCGCUCAGCUCGAGCCUAUAGCUCCAAGACUGGU